UUUAUACAUAUUUCAACUUUAAAGCUCCCAUGUGUGUUUAUGUUGUAUUUAUGCACUGGAAUGCUUAUUUUUGGUUAUUGUUAUUUUAUUGAGGAUGUAGUCUGCAGUGGUGCAGGUUUUUAAAAAAAAUGGUUUUGGUUGCCUUAUUUAGUUUUGAGUCGGUCAAAGUACUAGAAACAGACCUCAGUAUGCUACAGCACACUUGUACACCACUGCAAACUAAGUCUGAGAAUGACUGUUUGUACGCAAAUGACAACAACAAAAUGUUUUUCCAUUAUUUCUGGUACAUGCUGUACCUAUUGUUGUGGCCCAUGACUCUAUAUUGGUGUGUUUUACAUGUUUUUGGCAGGUCCAACAUAUCAACCCAUCAUGGAUUGAAGUGAGGUAAUUUUAAAAGCGUCACGAUCACAUUUUUACCACUAGGUUAAGUCAUAUCUUGAAAUAUGUGGCAUAAUAUAUUUUUUUUUAAGCACACAGGAGGAUCUGAUGAGCUCACGAGGUGUUUGUUUCCUAUAUUCUUGACAGCACUUGUUUGACUUUGCACGUACUUUACAUGCAGUGCUUUUAAGGACACGUUCCACAGCAACAACUUAGGAAGAAUUAUGAAAAAUAAUGUAGUGCGCAUGCCAGACCAAUAGAGGGCAACAUAAUUUUGUAGCGAAACAAUGCAUGACUAUUCUCUCGCACCCUAUCAAAAACGUACAUUUCAACACGUCGAUGUUUUUAGAACGUAACGUAAGUAGUGCAAUCCAGUUGGACACGUUAGCACGUUGUAAACUUACACUUCCCACUUAGUCCAUUUUUUCUAAAGACUGUUUUCAUUGUUUAAAAAUCCACCCAUUUACAAAAAGACUGCAGCUUCUUUCAAAGUUGGCUCAUUUUGAUGCCUCUAUUCAUAAUUGAAGUAACAGAUAAUGUGUACAUUUACACGUACGUAUGCUUAAUAUCCUCUUUUAAGUAUGUUUAAAAUAAUAUGUGCACUACAGUGCAGUAGUCGUGGUACGGUAUUAGCAAAUUUGCCUAUUUGCAGAUUUUGGGGGAACCUAACCCUAUUUACUUUUUUGUGCUCAGACCCUAGCAAUAAAAGUAUUGGAGCAAUCUGGUGGCAGCUUGUUGCCAAGGAAACAAAUUGAAGUGAGUUGCUGAAAUUCAUUUGGACAAAAGUAGUUCUUUGCCACCAACUUGUGGCAUCUAUAGGCAAAUACAAAACCCUUAAAUGGGGAGGAGACAAUUACUCGCGGGUUUCCACAAAAAUUAAUGUUCCUAUCCACAAUGGCAUUUUCCAUUAUGUGUUAGCAUUAAGGUAGCGUAGGCAUUCUUAAGGCGAAGUUUGGUUUUAAAUACACGACAUGUAAUUAGUAUGUAAUUGAUUUUGUUUUAUGUUUAGUUUGACAAAAGACUUGGAACUGGGUGUGGCGUUCAAACGCUUGGAGCCUUUUUUUUUUUUUUUUAAGAAUUGUUCAUCUGCCUAACUGCUCCUUAUUGUGAAGUGAGUUGGCUUGAGUUCACGCUGCCACCAGACAUUACUCUUAACUCAAGGGGGGGGGGGGGGAAUCUGCCGAAUGAAGGGUCGUAUCUGGGAAAAUUCAUAAGUCGUGCCCCACUAAUUGCCUUCAGUUUCAGUCACAUUUUCUACAAUUUUUAUCCUUUUGUCGUGGAAUAUCAUAACAAAUGGAAACAAAAGGCUAAAGAAGGAGCUAAUCUGGAUUUAAGACGGAAUAAGUUACAUGUAAUGCUACAUGCAAUUUUACAGUCAAAUGAAUGUUACAUGUGCUAAUUGAUGUGUAUUUAAAAUUAGGAAGCAAGUGGAGUUCACUAGAAGGUGAGUGUGUCGUGUAUGAGUUUCUAUUUUUGGUGCUGCGUGGGUGCGUGAGUGGACGCGUUUCUUUUUUUUUGUUUGUGUGUGGACGUGUUUCGUUGCGCGGUUGUAAGAUCCUUGGCCAAUCGGGCGUCUCGCACGCACGAGUGGGCGUGGCUCGCGUCGACUGGCACAGCUUUUUUACGCGCGCCGUACGUGCUACCAAAAAAGGCUCACCGCAUCACGGUACAACACGAGACACCACUGUAUUUUUCAACAACGCACGCAAGUGACAUUUUGCAGAUUUUAAUUUUAUUUUAUUUGGUUUUUUUAGGGGGGAAGGUGGGCGUGCCGCGCAAUGCGUGACUCGACGUGUCGUCCACGCUUGGCGUGAAAUUCCCGCGUGGAUCACACUUUACUCACCUCAACGUGGACUUUGAAGGGUUGUGUUUUUUCAUUUAUUUUUCUUUCGGUGAUUCUUCUUCCAAUCAAGUCGGCCGUUAUGACAGAGAUCAAUGAGAUGGCGAGCGACUCUCAGCUUCAACUCACCAGCCAGCCCCUGCCUUCCAAGCUGCAGAGGCUGAAGCGCUCGCUGUCGUUCAUGCGCAGUAAGAGCGUGGAGAACUUCUUCCAGCGAUCCGACAGCGACGCCCGCCUACCCCCGGAGUUCAUCACUGAGCCCGCGCCGCCGUCGCCGCCGCCCCUGGAGCUGGUGCCGGCGGGCUCACCUGUCGCGGGCUCGCAGCUCUCGCCAUCGCUGUCGCCGUCCGUCAGCCCCAACCCUUCCGUCGCCUCCCACUCGCCCUCGCUCAGACUGUCCCCGUCGCUGCCCCCCAAGCCCCCCCAUAUCACACACUGCUUCCACAACCACGUCUUUCGCAAGCCCACCAACUGCCAGCUCUGCAAGCACAUGAUCCUAGGAAACUCCAAACAGGCUCUGCGGUGUAAAACGUGCAAACUGGCGGCUCACCUGUGGUGCACCUCGGAACUCUCGCAGCAGCCGUGUCACGGGAAGUCGGGCGCCUUCAAGCGAAACUUCAGCUCCCCCAUGCUCGUCAGCGAACAACUGGCCGUCGUCAAGGAAGUACAGACUAAUCAAGAGGCGGUGCGGGCACGUACGGACCCGGUGUACGCCGCCUUGCGCUACGGGACGUCGCUGGCGCAGAUGAGCCGCUCCAGUUUCGGCAGCAUGUCGGAGUCGCCGACGCACAGCCCGGGUGAGGCGUGUGAGGAGAGGCAGGGGAGACAGUGCAGCAUGGAGGAAGAUGUCCCUCAGGAGACAGGAGAUUCUGUUGCCGCUGACAAUGAGGUGGAGAACGACGAGGAUGACGAGAGUGGCGGCCAAGCUGAGACGCCCGCUGAGGUGUGUGUGCGUUUGUUCGUUCGUGCGUGCAUGUGCGUCCGUGUCUCACGCUGUGGUUCCUGUGUCCAGGUGCCCCCCAAACGCAUCGAGGUCCACCCUAUCCACACUUAUGUGGCGCUCUACAGCUUUCUGCCUCAGGAACACAACGAUCUGGAACUACACCCCGGUGAUCGGGUACAAGUCACAGAUGACUCCAACGAGGAGUGGUGGAAGGGCAAGAGCGGCGACAGGGUGGGCUUUUUCCCGGCCAACUUCGUGCAGCGGGUGCGUCCCGGCGAGAGAGUGUGGCGCGUCAUCCGGGGAACGACCGCCGGCAGCCGGGAGAGAGGACACAUGGUGGUCAAGGAGGCGCAGAUCUGCGUGGGCAAGCGUGAGGACGGCGACACCUUGGUGAAGCUGAGCAGCGGCAAGAAGCGAGGCCUGGUUCCCGCACAUUCCAUCGAGGAGAUCUGAGCCUCGCCGACAUUGUCGUGACCUUCUCCUGUCUUCUUCUUCUUCAUUCUGCACUAAACAGAUGAAGCGGACUGUGAAAAACUAUUAGCCGAGUCUCCUCACUGUCAGUCUUUACGGAUAACAAAAUUGACUUUUGUUUGUUUACAUUUGGAAGACACGCUUCCUUCUUCCACUUUCCUACAUGUGAAAAAUUGAACAGGAAGUCGGACAUUUCGCUUUGAAGCAGCAAUUCUGGGUCCAAAUGAGCCUCAAUCGGAGGCAAAUAUCCUAUAGACCAGUUUACACCGAGUACCACCGAAAAAAAAACUGAGCUCUCCAAGUACCACCAUGAUGAUUAACAUUAUAAUGAAAUAGGUUUCAGUCUUAAAAAGUGCGUUCAAUAUUAUUUCCAGCUACUGUUACAUUGUGCACAGUUUAAACAAACACUGCGCUUCACUGAUAAAUGUACUUAUAUAAUGAUUCAAUUCAAAUGUAUUGCACAUUCAAAUGAAAUAGAAAGAAAUGUUAAAAGCAAACAGUUCCCUCAAGAUUAAAUCCCAAAUGUAUUGAAGUUAAAAGUUAAAUACAACUGAACUGUGGUUAGCAAGUGAUUCUUUGACAUAGUUGGGAGCCCUCGUAUCACUCGUGGCACCGCACUUGAGAAUCAUUGUCCUUGACAUCAAAUUUUGUCAAUCAUGUUGAGGUUCAUGGAAAAGGACACGCGACAGCCUGUUCAUCGCUUCUUGCAGCUCGUAUUAUACAGUAUUAGUUAGGGCCCGAUUAUUCAACCGAUUAAUUUAAAGAUAUACCAUGAAUAAAAUCACUUCUUUUUUUCCUCCCUUAACGCUUACAACAAUACAGCUACGAAUUACAAGCAGAACAUUUGACUGUUUUACAAUUCUUUGCCCGAUCAGCCCGAUAAAAUUGGUGUAAAGUCUACUAUCAAUAUAUAUUAAUAUUAGGACCCGACCCAUUUGCCAAUUUUUUGCUCCGUUAUAAAGUUAAAAAAAUAUA